AUGCUAAGAGCUCAAUUAUUGACACUUGAGCUCGAUCUCACCACAUUUCAACUCCAAAUGCCUUUGGCUAAAUCUUUUUAUCAUCCAUCAGCAUUCGCUUUUGUAGCAUGUCGAAAAAAAUCAGUUCGAGACGAUUCCGCAUAUAGAAAACUCAUACGAAAGUCACGGCAUUACAAUCGUCAGAAUUUUCGACUCAACACUUUGAAGGUCAUAAGUUUGUAUUGGAAUAUGCGAUUGUAUAUGAUAGCAAUCUGCCAAGCAACAAUGAAAGUCUUUCAGUGCACUAAUAGCCUGACUGACACCGACUGGUGUUUUGCAUUGGAACACUUCGAGAUUGUAUGGUUCUCAAAGUGA